AUGAGAGAGUUGAAGUUCCACGAGAAGAAGCUUCUGAAGCGAGUAGACUUUCUUGAGUGGAAGAACACGAAUACUGCACGCGAGCAUUUGGCCAUAGUAAGGUAUGGCCUGAGAGAUAGGGAGGAGUAUGUCAAGUACAACAGAAUAGUAGGAAAAAUACGCAAGCUUGCAGAAGCAUUAUCAAGGCUCAAGGAGAAUGAUCCAAUUAGAAGCAAUGUCACCAAGAAGCUUGUUAGUAAGCUAUAUAAUAUUGGGAUCAUCAGUAAUAGAAAGCUUGUGGACUGUACCAAAGUAACAGUUUCCUCGUUUUGUGAAAGGCGACUCCCAAUGGUUAUGAAGAGAAUUAGAAUGGUCCCAAACUUUAAAGACGCCACAAGGUUUGUUGAACAUGGGCAUGUCCGACUUGGCUCAAAAGUUAUCUACGAUCCCUCAACAAUCAUAAGCAAGGCCAUGGAAGACUUUGUUUCAUGGGUUGAUGAAUCCAAGAUUAAGAAGAAGAUCGAUGAGUUCAAUGGAAAGAAUGACGACUUCGAUUGUGCCUGA